AUGGACACGCUACAGCGUGAAGGGGAUGAACUGGAGUGGAAAGAGUCUGCAAGAUGGGUGAAGUUUGAGGAGAAAGUAGAAGAAGGAGGCGAGAGGUGGAGCAAACCGCACGUGUCCACGCUGUCCUUGCACAGUCUGUUUGAGCUCCGGACGUGUCUUCAGACAGGAACCAUUCUUUUGGACCUGGAUGGAUAUUCUUUGCCCCAAAUAGUUGAUGACAUCAUUGAAAGACAGAUAGAAGAAGGCAUGAUCAUGCCUGAGCUGCGAGAGAAGAUCACGUUUGUUCUGCUGAGGAAACAUCGACACCAGACCAAGAAGCCAAUCCAUCGCUCUCUAGCUGACAUUGGGAAGUCUAGUUCUUCCACCUCUCGUCCAGUGGGGCCGAGAGGAGCACCUGGCCCAGUGCCGGUGGCCAACUACAAUCGAUCCACAGAGGACCUCAAUAUCAAACAGCAGUCUAGCAACUAUGGCCGCCUCCGUGAGUGUCACGCUCAGAGUCGGAGUAUGAACGACAUUGCAGAUACUCCAAGCACAGACCAGCUGAAAAACAAAUUCAUGAAGAAGAUCCCCAGAGAUGCUGAGGCCUCCAACGUGCUGGUGGGAGAAGUGGAUUUCCUCAACAAACCCUUUGUUGCCUUUGUUCGCUUGUCACAAGCUACAACACUUGGAGGUUUGACAGAGGUGCCUGUGCCCACCAGAUUCCUGUUCAUUCUCUUGGGGCCACAGGGAAAGGCCAAGUCGUAUAACGAGAUAGGCCGAGCCAUAGCAACACUGAUGGUCGAUGAUCUCUUCAGCGAUGUAGCUUACAAAGCCAGAGACCGUGAAGACCUUAUUGCAGGCAUCGAUGAGUUUUUGGAUGAGGUGAUUGUGCUUCCGCCCGGGGAAUGGGAUCCCAAAAUCCGUAUUGAGCCACCCAAGAAAGUUCCCUCGGCAGACAAAAGGAAGUCUGUGUUUUCCUUAAAUGAAUUGGGACAGAUGAACGGUACAGCGGGUGGAGGAGGAGGUCUGGUUGCGGAUGAGGAAAUGCCAGUACAACAUGAACUGGGAGAGGAACUGGCCUUUACUGGACGCUUCUGUGGUGGAUUAUAUUUGGACAUAAAGCGCAAAUUGCCUUGGAUACCCAGUGAUUUCUACGAAGGUUUCCACAUUCAGUCCAUCUCUGCUGUGCUCUUCAUCUACCUGGGCUGCAUCACGAAUGCCAUCACCUUUGGUGGCUUGCUGGGAGAUGCCACAGAUAACUACCAAGGUGUAAUGGAAAGUUUUCUUGGUACAGCUCUGGCUGGCUCUGUUUUCUGUCUGCUUGCGGGUCAGCCUCUCAUCAUUCUCAGCUCAACUGGACCCAUUCUCAUCUUUGAAAAGCUCCUGUUUGAAUUCAGCAAGAAUAACAACAUUGAUUACAUGGAGCUGCGCUUGUGGAUAGGCAUCCACUCAUGCUUGCAGUGUUUCAUCCUGGUGGCAACUGACGCCAGUUACAUUAUCAAGUACAUGACACGUUUUACUGAAGAGGGCUUCUCCAGCCUUAUUUCCUUCAUCUUCAUCUCUGAUGCGAUCAAGAAGAUGGUGGGCUCCUUCAAAUAUUACCCUAUCAACACCAAUUUCAAGCCGGACUACGUCACCGCUUACAAGUGUGAGUGCUUGGCGCCAGACCCGGAUAACAGCUCUGAAACCUUCCUUUUUCUCACUAUGCAUCACCCAACCACUCGGCAGUUGAAUGUGACAGCUCUUGACUGGAGCCAGCUGAGUAAGAAGGAGUGUUUGAAGUACGGGGGCUCCUUGGUGGGGAAUUCCUGCAAGUAUGUCCCGGAUCUGGCUCUUAUGUCCUUCAUUCUCUUCUUUGGAACAUACUCCAUGACUGUCAGCCUCAAGAAGUUCAAGUUUAGCCGCUACUUUCCCACUAAGCUUAGGAAACUCAUCAGUGACUUUUCUAUCUUCAUGUCAAUUAUGACGUUUGUGGGUCUCGACAUGCUAAUAGGCCUUCAAACUCCCAAGUUAAUUGUACCAACAGAAUUUAAGCCAACUCGACCUGGUCGGGGCUGGCUGGUGUUGCCGUUUGGGAAGAACCCCUGGUGGGUUUACUUGGGCAGUUUUGUCCCUGCCCUCCUUGUCACUAUCCUCAUUUUCAUGGAUCAGCAAAUCAGUGCUGUCAUUGUCAACCGCAAGGAGAACAAACUGAAGAAAGGUUGCGGCUACCACUUGGAUCUAUUCUGGGUGGGGGUCCUGAUGGCCGCUUGCUCCUUCUUGGGUCUGCCCUGGUAUGUAGCUGCCACCGUCAUCUCUAUCGCCCACAUCGACUCUUUAAAGAUGGAAAGCGAAUCCAGUGCUCCCGGAGAGCAGCCGCAAUUCCUCGGAGUCAGAGAACAACGAGUGACAGGCAUUCUGGUGUUUGUUCUCACUGGGGUCUCCAUCUUCCUUGCACCAGUGCUAAAGUACAUCCCGAUGCCUGUGCUGUACGGCGUCUUCCUCUACAUGGGUGUAGCUUCCCUCAGCGGAAUUCAGUUCUGGGACAGGAUUAAAUUGUACAUGAUGCCAUCCAAGCAUCAACCUGACCUCUCCUACCUGCGUCACGUUCCUCUGAGAAGGGUCCAUCUGUUCACCUUGAUCCAGAUCAUAUGCCUGGCUGUACUCUGGAUACUCAAAUCGACAUUUUUAGCUAUCAUCUUUCCAGUUAUGAUACUGGGUCUGAUGGUCAUUCGCAAAAUACUGGACAUGGUCUUCUCCCAGCAUGACCUGGCUUGGAUGGAUGACCUUCUGCCAGAUAAAGAGAAGAAGAAGAAGGAGGAUGACAAGAAGGGGGGGAAAGACAAGAAAAGGCCCAAAUUGGAAGCCAGUGAAGAGGAGGAUAAGUACAGCCCUUACUCCAACCAUUCACCAAGUUCAGAUUCAGACUUGGAUCGCAGCAUUACCCUACACCUGAAGAUCUCCUGCCCGUCAUCUCCAGCCAUGCCAAUGGGGCGAGGGAUGGCCUGCCCCGUCCCACAGGUCAAGAUAGAGAUGGAAUCUGACGACGACUCGGACAUGGAUCACCACCGGCCACGAGACAUGAGCGGCGAGACGACGUUAUGAAGUGGACCCUUGCAAGAUGUGCUUCAGAGCGCCAAGUGUCCCAGACAGCAGACACCUCAAUAAUUCUUAUGAACCAGUGGGUUCCUCAUAAAUGUAUUGAACUUAUAAGAAAUUAAGCUUUCAUGUGUUGUACAACUCUUCCUUUGAUGUAUCAUUGCGUACGUAGCAUUUUCUCAAUACGAUAUACUAUAUAACGUACCAUACUGUCGUGUCGGCCUCGGUAUAGUGUUAUGAUGACAGGCUGACUUGUCCCUCAAAAGUAAACAGAGGUUUAUUUAUGAUACAGUAUAGGCCAUUUACAUGACAUUGUAAAGUUAUAUUUUCAAUAAUUUUACUAUGUAAUGUAUUGUGUACUGCUGUACUGCAUGUAUGUAUGACCCCUCAGAACCAGCUUGCUUUUGACCAUGGCCU